GCCAGCCAGGAGAUAUUGUUUAUGAAGAUAAGUGCGUUACCUGCUAUUGUUUACUGGAUGGUGCUAGCGUGUUGUGCUUAAUAAUGGAUUGCGAACCUACAGACAUUGGGUCGGGCCCUCUGGAACGCUUUGUGUUUGCCAAACCUAAGAUGAGGAGCAUUCCCUUGGUGACUAAGAAAGUGAAGUGCAGCUCGUCAGCAACAGUUUUCUCGGAAGGUUGUAACUACUGCGUUUGCGAGCAUGAAGACAGCGGUCCCGUGUGCACGAACUGGCCUUGCACGGAUUCAGGAAGAACUCACAGUGCUCCAAAACGAAUUAAGCGUUCACCACAGCAUUGUAAACCCUACACAGCGUAUAAAAAAGACUGCAACAUUUGUUUUUGCAAUAGAAAUGGCUCCAACGCUGUCUGCACGAAUUUAGAGUGUAACACUGGCACACAGAGAGCUCACAGUGCUCCAAAACGAAUUAAGCGUUCACCACAGCAUUGUAAACCCUACACAGCGUAUAAAAAAGACUGCAACGUUUGUUUUUGCAAUAGAAAUGGCACCAACGCAGUCUGCACGUAUUUAGAGUGUAACACUGGCACACAGAGAGCUGGCGAACCUGCAAGGCGAGUGAAACGUGCAUCGAUUUCGGCACAGCCGGCAUUUUGUCAGCCACGUACGACGUACAAGAAGAGAUGCAACACGUGUUUCUGCGAUGAGGAAGGCACCUCGGCCACGUGUACUAACUACAAAUGUGGCGCUGACGGCUUAAUAGGUUGAGUGCUGGUUACCUGCGCAGCAUUAGCACCUGAGCUUGCAGUAACAUCGUCC